UUAUCACCUAUUAAAAAAAUCUUAAAUGUGGAAUGAAACACGCUGUAUUGUCUUUUUAAUAAAUUAUAAAAUUGCAGUUUAUGUAAGUGUCAGACUAUAUGCAUAUAAAUUGCGACAAUAUCUUUAAUUUGUAGUAGUUACAGUUACUGGGAACGAUGGAAAAAUAUUCUGUUUUCGUAGCGUUCGCUCCGCACUUCAAAGCACUCGCUAGAGUGGCUUAUUUCAAAAUAGUUUCCAAAGAUGAAUCGAAUGCGAAGCGAAUGCUAUACGAGUUGUAUCGUUUUAUGAUGUGGUUUUUCAUUUUACUUUAUAACAUACAGCAUUUGAUUCGUGUAAUUCAGGAGAACCGCGUGGAGGUCGACUUGUUAUUGGAUAUUGCUAGCAGUGUGGCAGUUAGAUCCCAAUCUCUUUCCUCCCGACGAUCUCUAGUUCGACACAGUACUGAACAAUUGGUGGAUACGCUGUUCAUUUUAUUGACUACCCUCAACUGUCUGGGCAAGCAGGUCGCCUUCAACGCGAGGAGUGGACGUAUUCAUAAAAUCAUUGAGACCAUUCAGGAAUCAACAUUUGCACCAACAAAGCCUAACCAUCUGGACUUAUUGAAGAAAAAUGCAGUAUCAAUGUCACAAAUAUUGUCGUUUUAUCAAUGUGGCUGCUUGACUUGUGCUGCACUCUGGACAAUUUUUCCAUUCAUAAAUAGAGCAAGAGGCAGAGAAGUUACUUUUACAGGAUAUCUGCCAUUCGAUACAAGUGUUACAAGCACUUUUUAUUUAGCUCUAGCCUAUAUGUCUGUUUUAAUUACAAUCCAAGCCUUCGGCCACGUUACCAUGGACUGUACGAUAGUUGCAUUUUAUGCGCAAGCCAAAGUACAAAUAAAAAUGCUCCGGUAUAACUUCGAACAUUUUAUGGAUGCAGACGAAGAAAAUAUUAAAAUAGAUACGCAGAUCACGGGGACAAAUUAUGAGCAGAACACUCAUAAAGUUAAUACGAAUGAUAUAAUAAUUAUGACACAAAAACGUUUGACUAAUUAUGUGGAUCAUUACGAGAAAAUUGCCAGUUUCGUAAAGGAGGUAGAGUCGAUUUUCAGCGAAGCCAUGAUUGUACAAUUCUUUGCAAUGGCUUGGGUCAUAUGUAUGACUGUCUACAAAAUUGUUAGUUUAAGUUUAUUAUCAGUGGAAUUCAUAUCGAUGGCUAUGUAUCUGGGUUGCAUGUUGGGCCAACUUUUCAUUUAUUGUUAUUUCGGAACUAAACUGAAAGUUGAGAGUGAAUUUAUAUGUCAGUCGGUGUACUGUGGGGACUGGUUGUCCCUGUCACCGAGUUUUCGUCGAAAACUGCUGGUAUUUAUGAGUUACUGCUCCAAACCUCUGGCUCUUCGCACCGCCUACAUAAUACCCAUGUGCUUGGAUACUUACAUUGCGGUGCUGAAAUCCUCAUACAGUCUCUUCACAUUUUUAAAUCGAAAUUAGGUAUAACUGAAAGGUACCCAGUUAUUACUAAAAUCAAACAUGUUGUCUGCGUAGAUAUUCAUCAUUAUCAUAUCAGCCAUUCACUGUCCACUGUUGAACAUUGGCCUCCCCUUUGGGGAGGGGAGUUUUUUUAAUAGGUGAUAAUGGAAUGGUAACCCCGCCUGCGCUGUCGGUAUACGCUGGUGGGGCAUCAGUGAGAGGCGAUAGAUGAGGAUGAUAAGGCAGGUCAGUUAGCCCGUCGCGAAUUCCACUAGAAUGAACGACGAUGGUUUCCAGGGGGAACCACGUGAAGGUCGACCUGAUAGAGUGUAUUGCUGGCAAUGGGUCAGUUAGACGCCAUUACUAACUAUCCCUUCCCCGAUGAGGGGAGGGGUGCCCGUAGUUGCCACGCUUGACAGGCAGAUUGGCAACUGCAGUUAGGUUUUAAUGAUGUUUUAAGAAAGACAUUGCUGCUUCCCUCUCAACCAUUAAGUUCCCUUAAUCGCUUGUUACGACACCCAUGGAAAGGAAGUGGUGCUCUAUUCUAUGCCGGAAGCUGCACGGUUACACGGCUUUUAACCUCAUAUUUUAUUUUAAUUUGAUAGUUUCACGAAAUUACUAUUGUAUGGAUUAUCAUAAAUUUAUAAUAUUCUCGAUCAAGACUUAGCACGACAUAAUUACAGGUAAAUAGUACCUACAUGCUUGGUUUUUAUUGCCGACACGUUUCGACGUGGGUUGCACCACGAUGUGGUCGUGUGAAUUUAAAUGUCAGUAAACGACGCGAAAUUUUAAAAUUAACUAAAUUUAUAAAAAUAAUUUUGACUUAAAUCUAUUAGAAAAUUGGGUCAUAUUGAUCAUAUGAUAAAGAUUUCAGUGGUAUAUCAAAUUGAAAUUUUAAUUUUAGA